UACAGCCCAGCCACUCCCGGUUGAACGCGCUGAUUGACGCCGUUUCACCGUGAGCUUAUUUGCGCGUCCACGCGCUCCGGUUCGCCUUCGCAAUAAAAAACACGAAAAAAGAAAAAAAAACCGUCGCGAACCAACGGUCGGAUCCUCGCGCGCCAAAUGUAGCACGGAAACCGCUCGAGCUUCUGUUAGUCGUGUGGAAGUAGAACAGAAACCGGGGUGACUGCAGCCAUCAUCCGGGGACCAGAGAGAGAGAGAGAGAGAGAGAGAGAGAGAGAGAGAGAGAGAGAGAGAGAGAAUCUGAUGUGCUGCUACUAAGUCUGAGGGAUUUCGGAUUAUUUCUGUGUCCACAUGCAGUUUCCGACAUUUAAUUUUAAUUGUGCAGUUUUUUAGCCAGAAUACAAGCGCACGGAAUCAUGAUGGCGAGCGACUCUCCGGCCCGGAGCCUGGAUGAGAUCGACCUGUCGGCACUGCGGGACCCGGCGGGAAUCUUUGAGCUGGUUGAACUUGUGGGAAAUGGAACCUAUGGCCAAGUGUACAAGGGCCGCCAUGUCAAGACAGGCCAGCUUGCUGCAAUCAAGGUCAUGGAUGUCACAGGGGAUGAGGAGGAGGAAAUUAAAGCAGAGAUCAACAUGUUGAAGAAGUAUUCUCACCAUCGUAAUAUUGCCACAUACUAUGGAGCCUUCGUCAAGAAAAACCCACCUGGCGUUGAUGACCAGCUGUGGUUGGUGAUGGAGUUUUGUGGUGCCGGCUCAGUCACAGACCUGAUAAAGAACACUAAAGGGAACUCUCUGAAGGAGGAGUGGACGGCGUACAUCUGCAGAGAAAUCCUCCGAGGUCUGACUCAUCUACACCAGCACAAAGUCAUCCACCGUGACAUUAAAGGCCAGAACGUCCUGCUGACGGAGAACGCUGAGGUCAAACUGGUGGACUUUGGUGUGAGUGCACAGUUGGACCGCACCGUGGGCAGGAGGAACACAUUUAUCGGCACGCCGUACUGGAUGGCACCAGAGGUCAUUGCCUGUGAUGAGAAUCCAGAUGCCACAUACGAUUUCAAGAGUGAUUUGUGGUCUUUAGGAAUUACUGCUAUGGAGAUGGCAGAAGGCGCUCCACCUCUGUGUGAUAUGCACCCAAUGAGAGCACUUUUCCUCAUUCCCAGAAAUCCAGCUCCUCGUCUAAAGUCUAAGAAAUGGACAAAGAAGUUCCAGUCAUUUAUUGACAGCUGCCUGGUGAAGAACCACACGCAGAGGCCCAGCACCGAGCAGCUGCUUAAACAUCCCUUCAUCAGAGACCUGCCUAACGAGCGCCAGGUCCGCAUCCAGCUCAAAGACCACAUCGACCGCACCAAGAAGAAGAGGGGAGAGCGGGAUGAGACGGAGUACGAGUACAGUGGCAGUGAGGAGGAGGAGGAGGAACGAGACAUCGGAGAACCCAGCUCCAUCAUUAACAUCCCGGGCGAGUCCACUUUGAGGCGGGACUUCCUGCGCCUACAGCUGGCCAAUAAGGAGCGCUCUGAGGCCCUGCGGCGACAACAGCUGGAACAGCAGCAGAACGACGAACACAAGCGCCAACUGCUGGCCGAGAGACAGAAGCGCAUCGAGGAGCAGAAGGAACAGAGGAGGAGGCUGGAGGAGCAACAGCGUAGGGAGAGAGAGCUACGCAAACAGCAGGAGAGAGAGCAGAGGAGACGCUACGAGGAGAUGGAGCAGAUACGGAGAGAGGAGGAAAGGAGACACGCUGAGAGGGAACAGGAGUAUAUCCGCCGUCAGCUGGAGGAAGAACAGAGGCAGUUGGAGAUUUUACAGCAGCAGCUUCUACAGGAACAGGCUCUUCUUCUGGAGUAUAAGCGGAAGCAGCUGGAGGAGCAGAGGCAGGCGGAGAGGCUUCAGAGGCAGCUCCAGCAGGAGAGAGCGUACCUGGUUUCCCUCCAACAGCAGCAGCAGCAGGAGCCUCGACCUGCCGAGAAGAAGCCGCUCUAUCACUACAAGGACUCGGUCAACCCCAGCGACAAACCCGCCUGGGCAAAAGAGGUCAUGAAACGAGCCCAAAGUAACUCCCCUCGUCUACCUACAAAGAACCAGUACCAUGAGGAGGCGCGGCUUUCGCACCUCCUCCUUCCUGACCACGCCUCCAGCCACGUCCCCUCUCGCCCCCCGUCCUACCCAGCCGCCACCCCCUCACACACCCAGAGAGAGCGGGCCGAGAUCCAGCUCAGGCAGCUGGGCAUCAACGCCAACGUCCCCAGAAUCCGGGUGUCCUGUGAGCCGGAUCUGGAUCAGAUCAGCCAGCUGCUCCCAGGGUCGGGCCAGGAGAAACGUGGGCGGAGCCCCGGACGAUCCGGAGCAUGGGACAGUGAGGUAGAGAGACAGGUGGAGGAACGUUCCAAACUAAACCGUCAGAGUUCUCCAGCUCUGCAACACAAAGUGGCUAAUCGUAUCUCAGACCCGUCGCUGCCUCCUCGCUCCGAGUCCUUCAGCAGCGGAGGCAUCCAGCAGGCUCGGACUCCGCCCAUGCACCGCUCUGUCGAGCCCCAGAUGGCUCACCUAGUCUCAGUGAAAUCUCACGGUUCCUCGAUGACGGGCUCGCAGUCUCUGCAUGAUCAGUCUUCCCAGAGCGUCUCAGCAUUCCAGGAGAGUCUGUCGCCCCACCGGCCCCCGAUGCCCCGGCAGAAUUCAGACCCCACCUCAGAGACGCCCAUGCCUCCACCUCGCAUCAACAGCCGCGAUGACAAGUUCGACCGCAGCUCCUGGCUGAGACAGGAAGAGGAAGUUCCUCCAAAAGUUCCUCAGAGGACGACCUCUAUAUCUCCUGCAUUGGUUAGAAAGAACUCACCUGGGAAUGGACCUGGAGGCCUGGGGCCGAGGCCAGGCUCUCACCUCAUCCGAGCCAGUAACCCAGACCUACGGGUCUCCGUGGAGCCCGGACUCCCCAGGACGAGCAGCGGCAGCUCCUCCAGCUCCAGUACUCCAAGCUCUCAAGGGGGCUCCAGUGAGAGGAACCGAGUGGGAGGAUCUGGGAAACCUGAGAGCUCUCCAUCCAUGUCCCAGGAGACCAAACACAAAAACCAGGAGGAGAGCAGAGAGGUGACGAGGCCCAGCCGACCUGCUGAUCUCACUGCUCUGGCCAAAGAGCUCAGAGAGUUGCGCUCGAACGAGGAGACGAACAGGCCGCCCGUCAAAGUGACCGAUUACUCGUCGUCCAGUGAGGAGUCAGAAAGCAGUGAGGAAGAGGAGGGAGAUGGUGGAGCUCAUGAUGGAACAGUGCCAGUCAGCGACAUCCCUCGCAUCAUGCCAUCAGCUGGUCAGGGUGGGAGCGAGCCGUUCGGAGCGCUGGUGGGUCCCGAGGAUUCCCAAGACGAGUCGUACGGAAACAUCUCUAAAGACAGCACACUGAUGAUGAGAGAGAUGUUUGGGGAAAGAAAGCGCUCAGGUCAUGCCGAGAGCAACGGUUUCCCUGGUAACGCCAAUCUUCCUGAUCUAGUGCAGCAAAGCCACUCCCCCUUGGCCACGCCCAGCGAAGGCCCAGGGCUCCACUCCAGUCUGCUUGGGCAGGACAUGGACUCUGUGGCUGAAUACGGGAGCGGCUCGAAAGCCUCCUUUACCCCGUUCGUGGAUCCGCGAGUGUACCAGACGUCACCCACUGAAGAGACCAGUGAGAACUCAGCAGCAGCUCUCUCCGUCGACGAGCUGCUGAGGCACGAGCAGGAACAGGAGCAGGCUCGGCUCAACGAGGCUCGGAAGAUCUCCGUCGUCAACGUCAAUCCCACCAACAUCCGGCCGCACAGCGACACGCCCGAGAUCCGCAAAUACAAGAAACGCUUCAACUCUGAGAUCCUGUGUGCUGCUCUGUGGGGUGUGAAUCUGUUGGUUGGGACUGAGAAUGGCCUGAUGUUGUUGGACCGCAGCGGUCAGGGGAAAGUCUACAACCUCAUCAACCGCCGCCGCUUUCAGCAGAUGGACGUGUUGGAGGGUCUCAACGUCCUAGUCACCAUCUCUGGCAAAAAGAACAAGUUGAGGGUUUACUACCUGUCAUGGCUCAGGAACCGGAUCCUCCACAAUGACCCUGAGGUGGAGAAGAAGCAGGGCUGGACCACAGUGGGAGAUCUGGAAGGCUGCGUUCAUUACAAAGUCGUAAAAUACGAGCGGAUCAAGUUCCUGGUGAUUGCCUUGAAGAACUCGGUAGAGAUUUACGCAUGGGCUCCGAAGCCGUAUCACAAAUUUAUGGCUUUUAAGUCCUUCACAGAUCUGCAGCACAAACCUCAGCUGGUGGAUCUGACCGUAGAGGAAGGUCAGAGGUUAAAGGUCAUCUAUGGCUCCAGCGUCGGAUUUCACGUCAUCGAUGUCGACUCGGGAAACCCGUACGAUAUCUACAUCCCAUCGCACAUUCAGGGCAGUGUCACCCCUCACGCCAUUGUGGUACUCCCCAAGACCGACGGGAUGGAGAUGCUUCUGUGUUAUGAAGAUGAGGGAGUCUAUGUGAACACAUACGGCAGAAUCACUAAAGACGUGGUGCUACAGUGGGGAGAGAUGCCCACCUCUGUUGCCUACAUCCACUCCAACCAGAUCAUGGGAUGGGGAGAGAAAGCCAUUGAGAUCCGUUCCGUGGAGACGGGACACCUCGACGGAGUUUUCAUGCACAAGCGAGCUCAGCGACUGAAGUUUCUGUCUGAGAGAAACGACAAGGUCUUCUUUGCCUCCGUCCGAUCAGGAGGCAGUAGCCAAGUUUUCUUCAUGACCUUGAACAGAAAUUCCAUGAUGAACUGGUAAACCCCGCCCACACACCUGUCCCUCCCCCCACGGGCCCCACCACUCGCCCCCUGCGUUGUGUAUCUGUUUUCUAUAUCGAUGGGGUGGGACAGAAUGACUAGAACCCACGGUGUGUGGAAUCACAGGGCUGCUUUUAAGAUUAAAUACUUUUAGAAAAUAAAUCAAUAAAACAAAAUAAUGGCCAGGAGCCGCUCCAGAGAGCCGACGUUCAUCUCACAUCCACACGAAGCUCUGGCCGCCGAGAGAAGAACAGCCACCUCCUGUACCCAGAAUUCCACACGGCUCUGACCUGCGGCUUCCUUUUUAUCAUGAUGAUGCAGUUUUUGGAGAAGAACAGAGAUGGACAGAACUGACGGCCAAAAAUCAAGAAAAUUAAUGAUAUUGUAACUGUUUAGUCACUUUUAUCACAAUAAUUUAUUGCUGUUGGUUCAACAAAACAAUUCUAUGGAAAGGUGUGUGUGUGUGUGUGUGUGUGUGUGUGUGUGUGUGUGUGUGUGUGUGUGUGUGUGUGUGUGUGUGUUUCUUUCAUGUUCUGUUCUUGCAUUUCAUCACACUGUAACUGUACAAAAGUCUGUGAGGUUUCUAUGUUUGCAAAAUAUGUGCAAGUGUGUGCAUGUGAGAGUGCGUGUGCGCGCACGUGUGUGUGCGCGCACGUGUGUGUGCGCGCACGUGUGUGUGUGUGUGUGUGUGUGUGUGUGUGCCCUCACUAUCCAUCUAUAUAAAACAUCAGACGAUAGUUAAGUCUGGUCUGAAUGUGCGGAUGUUUUAUGCAGAAGGUUAAAGCCGAAUUCUAGGAAAUUAUUUGUAAAUUAAAUUAAAGCUCAGUUUCUCUUCAUAAACAAUCGACACGUGAUGAUGGAGUUUCGCCUUUUACACGUUGUUGCUUCAGGGCAAUAAAGAGCAGGAGAUCUGGGUUCUGACGUGUGGGUGGACUGCGGGUUUUAGCUCAAACCUGAACCUCCAGUCUGAAACUUUCAGAGCUGUGUUCGAGGUUUAUGUGAGUUUUUUUUUAAGAUAAUCCUUUAAUAAAUCUGCUCACACAACACACAGGGGAUUCUGUUCUUUUUUCUCAGAUUGUGAUGACAUUCAGCGCAUUGAGCUUCCUCUAAACCUACCUCAUUACUUCCUCCAGUCAAGUUUAUAUUCAACCAUAACGUCAUUAUUAAUCAAACUUUCACUAGAAUUCAGACAAAGGCACAGGAGGAAUCUCAAUUUUAUAAUAGACAUUUUAUUAUAAAUAAUUUUUUUUUUGCAUCCUGAUCAUUUAUUUAUUUUUUUAAUCAUCCCCCCCCCCCCCCACACACACAAUUAACUGUCACUAGAUUCAAGAUAAAAAUUAAGCGAUUCAGUUAAAUCUGUCAGGAUAAAUUUCAUACUCAAAUACGACUUGAAUGUUUAUAAUUCUUACAAAUUCACAAGAAAAAAAAGUGAAAGUUUAACACCUGUAAUAAAUUCAGCAAAACUUUCUUCACUGGUGCAUUUUAUUAGGAUGUUUUGGUGCUCUAGUGCCGAAUCGUUUAGAAGAAUCAUGGUGCAGAAAACAAAACGAUUCUUUUCACUUAAACUCAGAUAAUUGAAAUUAAGCUUGAUAAAUGUAAUAAAGUCGAAUAUCAAAUUGAGUAUGUGCACGAGUGUGCACGAGUGUGCACGAGUGUGAACGAGUGUGAACGAGUGUGUACGAGUGUGUACGAGUGUGUAGACUGCAGAUUAGAGACUUUUAGUUUCAGCAAAAUCUCCGAGACGUUUUAAUUCUGAAAUAGACCACCUGUGUGUGUGUGUGUGUGUGUGUGUGUGUGUGUGUGUGUGUGUGUGUGUGUGUGUGUGUGUGUGUGUGUGUGUGUGUGUGUUUCUGCAUGUCUGUAGCUUUACAUUGGGGAUUUCACCACCAGUUUGUUCUUCACUCGAGCAUAAAAAUGUGAAUUGAAGUUAAAA